AUGUCGAAUCAAAGUCAUCAUCUGAUGAGCAUAGGCGACGCUGUGAAGGAUGACGCGGAGAAAUCGAUCGCUUCGGCUCCUAUACCAACCAAUGCAGAGGGAAUGACGGAGAAGAGAAACAAGAAAACAAGAAGAACAAGGCCGUGGAUGAGGUUUUGUCGGAAUGGAAACACGGAAGUGAUUGAAUGCGACAAAAGCAACAUCAUGAAACGUGUUCCCGUCCCUGCUAGGGAUUUAAGAAUUCGUGGCCCUGUUUUCUCCAACUCGUCGAACAUUCUCGGCAGGGAGAAAUCUUUUAUUAUCAAUUUAGAGAACAUCAAGGCCUUAGUUACCGCCAACGAAGUGUUGUUGCUGGAUCCUCUCUGCCCUCAAGUACUUUCGCUCAUUGACCAACUAAAGAAACAGUUCCCUCAGAGGGCUGUACCUGAAACUACACAAUCUUCUCAAGAUCCAGAAGCCGAAGAGGGCUUUCAGAGUGAGCUUCCAUUUGAAUUUCAGGUCCUCGAGAGUGCAUUCGAAAUUGUCUGCUCUUUCUUUGAUAACAGUGUUGCAUCCUUGGAGACAGAAGCUUUGCCUGUUCUUGCUGAACUAACACAAAAAAUCACCAUGGAAAAUCUUACCAUCGUACGAAGCUUGAAAAGUAAUCUCACAUGCUUACUCACCCGUGUACAAAAGGUGAAAGAUGCAAUCGAACAUUUAUUAGAUGAUGACAGAGACAUGGCAGAAUUUUACUUAACAAGGAAAGUUAUCCAGAAUCAGCAAGAGGAUGUGGAGGAUCUGGAGAUGUUGCUGGAAGCAUACUUGAUACAAGUGGAGGGAACGCGAAACAAGCUACAUACCAUGAGGAAGUACAUUGACGACACAGAGGCCUACGUGAAGAUAAAAGAGAAGGAUAAACGUAACCAACUACUUGUUCUUAAGCUGACGACAAAUAAAGCUGCUUUUGCGAUAACUGCAGGGACACUAGUCGUCAGCAUAUUUGGAAUGAACAUACCAAUUCCGUUGUACAACACAAAUGGAGUCUUUGGUUACUUUGUGUUGGGUGUUUUUGUUAUGUGCAUUGUGCUUUUCAUGUUCACCUUUGGUAAUACUAGGUGGAAGAAGCUGCUUUGA